UAUAUAGCCAACGGGAAGACACCAAGCGCGGCAUGAACUGAAGAGAGUAACGCAGCAGAGAGGGAGAAGCAGAGGCAGAGAUGCAGAUGAUGGGGGCAGUGCUGGACCACUUCCGGUCGUCGGCGUGGUACUACCUGACGCCGGUGCUGGCGUGCGCCCCCGUCGGGGUGUUCCGGACCUACUUCAACCAGUACCUCCGGCGGCCCGUGCGGCGGCUCCUCCCGUUCCUGGACCCGUUCGUCACCAUCGACAUCGCGGCCAAGCCGGAGGACUACUCCUUCUCGUACCAGGGCAAGGUGAAGUCGAGCGACGCGUACGCGGAGGUGCUGGCGUACCUGAGCGCGGUGUGCUCGCGGGACGCGCGGGAGCUGCGCGCGGAGGGCGCCGUCGAGGGCCACACCUUCGUGCUCAGCCUCCGGGAGGGGCAGGUGGUGGCGGACGACUUCAAGGGCGUCACCAUGUCGUGGUCCGCGGUGGCGGAGGAGAAGACGACGUGGCGGGGGUCGGGGCGGUGCUGCCGCCUCACGUUCCACGAGCGGCACCGGCGGCUCGUCGUCGACGAGUACCUGCCGCACGUCCGCCGCGCCGGGGAGGAGGUCAUGUUCGGCAACCGGCCCCGCAGGCUCUACUCCAACAAGAAGGAGCUCAGCUACCACUCUACGAGGGACGAGGUGUGGAGCUACAUCGACUUCGACCACCCAACCACCUUCGACACCCUGGCCAUGGACCCGGCCAAGAAGCAGAUGAUAAAGGACGACCUCGACGACUUCAGCAACAGCAGGGACUACUACCGCCGGAUCGGCAAGGCGUGGAAGCGCGGCUACCUCCUCCACGGCCCGCCGGGGACGGGCAAGUCCACCAUGAUCGCCGCUAUGGCCAACUACCUCAAGUACGACAUCUACGACAUCGAGCUCACCACCCUGGAGACCAACAGCGACCUGCGCAAGCUCUUCAUCGAGACCACCGGCAAGUCCAUCAUCGUCAUCGAGGACAUCGACUGCUCCCUCGACCUCACCGGCAGCCGCGCCACCAUGCUGCCGCCGCCGCCCGCGCUCGACGACGCCGCCGAGGCAGGCUACGACAAGUCGCGCGGCAAUAGGCGCAACAUCCUGACGCUCUCCGGCCUGCUCAACUUCAUCGACGGGCUCUGGUCGGCGCACAGCGGCGAGCGCAUCAUCGUCUUCACCACCAACCACCUGGACAAGCUGGACCCGGCGCUCAUCCGGCGGGGCCGCAUGGACAUGCACAUCGAGAUGUCCUACUGCGGCUUCAAGGCGUUCAAGACGCUGGCGAAUAACUACCUGGAAGUGGAGGCGCACCCGCUGUUCGGGGCCGUGGAGGAGCUGCUGCGCGACGUGGAGAUGACGCCGGCGGACGUGGCCGAGUGCCUGAUGCCGUCCAAGCGCAGCGCGCGCGACGCCGACGCCUGCCUCGCUCGCCUGAUCGACCAGCUCAAGGAAAGAAAAGCGGCCGAGGAAGACAAGGAAUCAGAGGCCGCCGACGCCGAGGAAGACGACGUGCAGGAUGCGGCCAAGGAGGAGGACGAGAGGGAAACGGAGAAAGUGCCAUCCAAAUCCAAAAAGGACAAGAGCGAGGUUGCUUCGAAACCAACCCGCCGAGUCAUGACCAACGGAGCACAUACUGCUGGCGCGACUGGUGUGAGCGUCUCUACUUCUACCGACCACUAUCUGUCUUGAUUGACUCUUGAGGGAGGUUGUUAGUUAAUCGAGAGCAGACUUGCAUGAGCAGAAUAAGGUACAACCAAUGGAGUAGUAGUAACAUGCAUGCGACUGAGAACGUUUUUUAGGUUCCAAUCGAUUCUGUCUGAGCCAUUUGAUGUGAAUUCAACAGCUGCAUGAUGACGAUAUGGAUCCCUUGAAAAUAAAUGUAUUUGUUCGGUUGCGAAUCUGAUGCAAGAUCAAUUCAGAUGGGCUUCGU